AUGGAAACCUAUUAUACUCUGAGAAAUCCAAUUUCAUGCCAUCUUCUCUCAAUUCUUGUUACUUUUCUUUUCCUCUCAAACCUUCAUACAACCUUAGCAGCAACAACCACCACAUCUUCCACCAAAAAUAACACAAGUUAUAUCAAAAAUGCUUGUAGUUCAACCACAUACCCAAAAGUCUGCUACAAUUCACUCUCCCCCUACGCAUCCAAAAUCAAAGCAAACCCCCAAAAACUCUGCAACACCGCCCUCUCAGUGGCCCUGAAAGCCGCGCGCAACGCAUCGUCGACGAUAUCAGCGAUAUCGAAGCAGAAGGGAUUGACGCAAAGCGAAGCCGGGAUCGUUAAGGAUUGCAUCGAGAACAUCAGGGACAGCAUCGACGAGCUCAAACAAUCUGUAAACGAAAUGGGGAAUCUCGGAAAGUCCGAUGUGAAACUUCAGAUAGAUGAUAUAAAGACUUGGGUCAGCGCCGCCAUAACGGAUGAAGGCACGUGCACUGAUGGGUUCGAUGAGCGGAAGGUGAGCGCGAAGGUAGAGAGCAAAAUCAGGAAGAGUAUUCUCAGUGUUGCCAUGCCGACAAGCAAUGCUUUGUCCAUCAUUGGCACUCUCUAUUCCUACUAAAUAAUUCAACUUCAUCAACCCUUUCGUCGUGAUCAUGGCUUUUCUUUUCCUUAAUUUUGGCUUUUUUUGCCUUUGUUAUUUAUAUUGGCUAAAUUAAGAGUUUGUCUUUCUCAGUUACUAUAUUUUGUAAGUAAAAAGUUAAAAGGGAUUUGUAAUGGC